CCUCAGCCUCUCUUCACCCCGAGAAGCGUUGACAUUCUCACUGCAUCCUCAGAUGAUUAUAGAUUUGGGUUUCCACCGCGGCCCCUUCCCAUUAGCUGCAGUUUAGUAGCUGAACCAUUGGCGGCAAUUUCACUAGUGCGAUCGUCCCGGAUGCCGUUUCCGCGUCGGAUACCUCCGUACACAAUUCACUGAAAGGACGACGAAAAGCCUCAUCAAUCAGGUUAAAGCUCAUGGGAUGCUUCUGUGAUUGCAGAGUGAGGUGGAGGACGCUAUGUCGUCCCAAACGAGGAGGGACCGACCUUCGAGGACGUGCCAACCGUGCAAGAGGCGCAAAGUGAGAUGUGACAGGACUCGGCCAACCUGUGCGGAGUGUUCCAAAGUUAGAAUAACGUGUAGCUAUGAUGAUGACGAAUCACGUCCAAGGGCAAGGAACUUCGAAUUUAUUGACGAGACGUCUAAGACUACAGCAGAAGCGUCAGGCUUUAGAAGUCUUGGCCAGGAAGAAACAAACGGCACUCCCAUCAUAGGGCAACUUUCACAGCAACCUGGUGGACGAAUGCGCUAUGUAGAACCUUCGUUUUGGGCGUACAACAAGGAUGAGACUGAUCCCCUUGAUGUCCUAUUAGCUGCUAUGAACAGAUACGAUAUCCAGGACAUACCAGAAGACAAAGAGGAUGACCUUGAACCAUCUCAAUCAUCCCGUGCAUCGACUGUUUCUGGGAUAGCAACUCCUUCUCGAAGAACAGCUCCAUAUCGUCUGACUGGAGACUUUGCAUCUCCUUCGCCAGCUUGGACGCCAGCUUCCUUGAGCACGAGCCGUCUUCAACGCCAAGCAACCAACCCAUUAACUCUCUUGCCACCAAAAGCAAUCUGUGAUCGACUCUUCGACUUUUACCUAGAAGGCUACCACUACAUCUUCCCCAUGAUCCACUCCCCCUCCUUCAAGACUGAAUACGCAUCAAUUUGGGACCCUCAACCAAACCCCCAAAAGAGCAUGCACUUCGUCUGCCUCCUCCUAGCAAUCCUCUUCGCAGGCGCAGCAGCAUGUCCCAACCGCGAAGUCUUAGAAGAUCUCAUCCCUGCCGACGAAACCAACGAAUCUCUCGCUACAUCCAUCCGAGAAAAAGGCUUGAAAGCUUUACAACAGGCUAAUUUUCCCAAGACUCCGACGCUGGAAACUCUCACAGCAUAUAUCAUUUUGCAAGUCACGUGGAUGAAAGAAGAAGAGCCGCUCACAACAUGCGCUUUUGUCGGAUUAGCGUACAGGGUUGCGCAGAUGCUGGGGUUGCAUCAUGAUCCUUCGCGCUUCUCGUCGCUCUCGAGAGUGGUUUGUGAGACUAGGAGGAGAGUGUGGUGGGUCAUUGUCCACGUCGAUGUUGCGGUUGGGUUGGCAGCUGGUUUACCGCCUCUGAUUGAUCUGUCGACUUGUGAUGUUUGGCCUGUGAGUGAGUUGAGUGAGGAGCUUUUUGAUAUCCCGCCGGGGAAUCUGGGGAGCAAUUUGGAGGUUUCGGUUACGAGUGUUUGUUUUGCGGGGAGGAUUAGGGAUAUUUUGGUGACUCGCCAUGUCCUCAGUAAGAUCUACGGUCACCAUGCUCUUUCUCGUCAAGACAUCAUGGCCAUGCGGGCUAAAUGCCGUGCUUUAACAGCGGAUUUAGCUUCCAAAAUUAACAUGAUACCGAAAAGUCCGCUGUUGAGAGUCGAUGGCAUUCCAGUAUCCUAUGAAAUGGCGUCAGAAAAGAGUUCGAGAAACAUCGAGGCGUAUACGAGAUUGUUCUUUAGUGCGAUGAUUGACAAGACGUGGUUUCUGGCUUGUCAUCCUGUAUUGAAGGAAGCUAUUCAUGGAUUGUGGAAGGAGAUGUAUCCGCAGGCAUUGGAGCAUUGCAGAUACUUUCUCUACAAGAUCGCUCAACUGUCUUGUUUCGAAGAAUUCCAACACUUUCAAUGGAAUUGGCCUGGCGCCCACCAACCCCUCCACGCCCUAAUAACCCUCCUCCACUCCCUCCUCCGCCUCCCACGCUCCGAUCUCGCUCCCACCUUCCGCCACGCCCUCGACACCGUCUUUGCGCUCUGCGGUCCCUCCUUCAACGGCGGCAUCGUAGCUUCUACCUGCACCAUCCCGCCACAAACUCGUCAACGGCCCCUAACAGAAGGAGGAAUUGAGUGCUGGACGCUAUUAUGGAGGAUGCGGGCCCGAGCUUGGAUGAUGAUUGGUCUGGAUCCGGACAUUAUCCCCACGAGGGAACAAGCGCUCGAGAGCCUCUAUGAGUUGUAUGCACGUCAGGGGUGGGAUGAGGGGAGGACUAUGGUGGGGGAUGAGGCUGAGAUGGAUCGACAAAGAACAAGAUCAAGCUCGAGUCAGGCUCAGACGUCAGCGAGCAUGAGUGGAGACUUGGGCUUACCGCCACAGCCGCCGCAGGGCCAGCAGUUGUUUGCAGUAGCUCCCGAUGCUAAUCCAUUCCUCUCCAUCUCCCAUCAUGCACAGGACGGGAAUCUUGGGACGGGAGUGGGGGGUGCGGAGGUACUGUCUGAUCCGAAUAUCCCGGCUCCGAAUGUGGAUUUGAUGUUUUGGGAUCAGAUGCUUCAGGAGGACUUUUUUGGUCAUGGCCAUCCUCAGGUCGAUGGAAGGGUUUAUGGGAUGGGUGAUGGAAAUUUUGGUGGAGGGGGAGCGGGCAAUGAGAGUGCGGAUUUUGGUGGGAGUGGGAGUGGUUGGAGAGGGAGUAGAAUGGAGGGGGAUAUUGAUUUUCAGGGCGGUGCUGGGGGGAUGAGGUGAGGUUGUGGAAGGAGGCAUUGAAACAUCAAAGGGGAGGAUGUGAAGAUAUUAGUAUUAGAAAAAGAUAGAUCAAUAGAAUUCCAG